CACGCUCUUCCGGGUCUACGUCACAAGAUCCUCUACCCUCUUCCGCCGCCUCCUCCUCCCCCUCCUGUCUCCAUCCUCCAUCCCUCCUCUCCCCAUCGCUCCAGCCGGUGCUCCGUGCGCCACAGCGCGGACAUGGUGGACUCUCCCGGCGAGGCCACGACGGCGACGACGACGACGACGAAGAGGAAGCCCUUCACCGUGCCGGAGAUCCCGCCUCUAGACCGGUGUGACUUCAGCCGGGCUCGGAUCCGAGCCAGCGUGCGGUGGCUGCUGUGCAAGUCUUACGGACGCGCAGAGAACGUCCCAGUGGAGUUACGGGAACCGCUCUACAAGGAUCAGUAUGAUCAAGAGCACCUCAAGCCCGCCGUCUCCAAGCUGCUCCUCUCCGCGGAGUUCUACUGCCGAGUUCAAGCCCUGCUGGCCCAGGGGCAGAGUGGCACUGGGCCAGCAGCACAGGACUCACCGGAUGACAACUCCGCUUUGCUGCAGUUCCUCACAAAGAAAGGCGUCGCCCCGAAGGUCCAAGAAGUGGACGUCACUGGGGACGACCUCUGCCACGUUCCCAUCAAAACAAAAGCCCACCUGGCCAUGAUCGACUCCCUGAUGUCGCUGGCCGCCAGAGAGGUGGUGGGCAGGGUCAAUAUGGCAGAGGAGGCGGCCCAGAUGGGCGUGGGGGCGCCGUGGGAAAACGCGCUGCUUUUUUGGGUCAACAGGUUGAACCAGAAACUGAGGGAGAGCACCGAGGAAGAGGAGCCAGCCAAGUCUCAGCCGGGUACCGACCAACAGCCGUCUCAGGAAACGCAGGGCCCGUCCAACCGCUGGUACUGGAAGCUAGUCCCACAUGCUAUCGCUUUUUGUUUGAAGGAGUCGGGGAACAAACCGCCAGUGAUCCGCUACAGGAAGGACAAAGUGCAAUCUAAGCUGACUCCCACCUUCCCGCUGGUCACUGAGGUCAAAGAUCUGUCUAAUGGCUGUGCUAUUGCUGCUGUGCUGCACUAUUACUGCCCUAGCCUGCUGCCUCUGGAGGAUGUUUGCCUAAAGGACACGAUGUCGGUGGCUGACAGUCUUUACAACCUGCAGCUGAUUAAAGAUUUUUGUGAGAAUAGCUUGCAGAGCUGCUGCCUUCUUCCCCUGGAGGACCUUCUCUAUGCACCGCCUCUCCUGCAUCUAAACAUCAUGAGCUUCGUAUCCGAGCUGCUGGAGUGGUUUGAGAUCAAGAAGCCUGAUUUUGUUCGACCGGUACAAGCUGUUGAUCUCACAGAUGUCUCAGGUUUACUUUUAUGUACCAGUCCUGUCAGCGGGAACAGCAACAGCGGUUCUCCUUCACUCAUCUUCAAACAACCGUUUGUGCCCAUCUCGUCUCCAGAAACACAAGAAAACAAAAGCUGGACUAAGAAACAGAUCAGUCGUCCUCUGUCAGCAGUGACUUUCAGCAUCCCAUUUGGGCUGGACAGUGAUGUUGAUAUUGUCAUGGGAAACCCAAUAGAUUCUGUGUUUCGCUCUGUCAGCACGGACAGCCUCAGUGCCGCCGUCCCAGCAACGACGACGUGUAUACCCUACAGCCCCGCCGAGGACCUCAACCAUCUAGUCAGCGCCGCGGCACCAUCACAGCGGUCUUCAUGGGCGCCGCUGGGAGAGUUGCCCACUAUUGAGGAGGCGCUUCAGGUGGUUCCUUCCCCUGGCGUUAAGGAUCGAAAGAAAGGAAGGACUGCAGAGAAAGGUGUCAAGGGGGUGUUGGCAGCCAGGCCAGAGCCCAGGUUGUGUCCCGAGGGCGCCCCCGCCGGUUUCUUUCUGCAUUGCCCAAUGGAGGACAAUCCUCAGCUCAGUAGCUCUGCCCCCUGCCGUUCAGGAGUCAUGUACCGGCCGGUCGGUGGAGAGGCUAAUGGCGUGGUGAGGCAGGAGAGGCCAUCACGAGCUUCUGAUAUGUCACGUGAUGAUGACUCUGUACUGCGAGAUGGCAGCGUAGACUCAUCGGAAGCAUCUGACGACGUUCCCAGAAAUGCCCCUGGUAAUAUGCGACCCAGUAGAGGUCACCACAGCGCCAGCAGCAGCCCGCGCAUGACAAGCUUCGCUGAGCGACGAGACAGCAAAAGAAGACAUACAGUAGCUACUGGGGAAGACUUGACCACUACCCCAACCACCCCUGGAACGCCACUCACACCCUGCACUUCAGGCCAGCAGGACAGCCCGGGAACUAGAGUUCCUGAGCCGGGCUCAGAAGCCUGGGAGCUAGGGGCUCGUCUGGAGGAAAAACGCAAAAGCAUUGAAGCUCAAAAAAGACGGAUUGAAGCCAUAUUUGCCAAGCACAGACAAAGGCUCGGAAAAACCGCUUUCCUUAAAAUAAAACGAGAGCAAGGAGAAGGCGGAGGAGAGGGAUCAGAGGUUGACAGUCUCACCCUGGAGGAGCGCCUCACUCACAUGGAGGAACAGCUAAAAAAAGAGGAGGACAAGGAAAAGACAGAGAACAAAGCAGACAAGGAGAAAGCCAUGCCAUCCGUCUCCAACCCACCUCGGUUAGAGAAGCAGGUCACAUUCUCAAUUGACAGCAAGAAAGGCCAAGAGAAAGGAGGAGAGGCCGUUCUUGUGGAGUACAAUGAAGUCGUACAGAAACUGAGUGAAGCUUUGCAGUCCCUCCAGAAAGACAUGCAAAAGCUAACUGAACAGCAACAGCAACUUUUGGGCAACCAAAGACCCAGAAGCUCAUACAAAGCCACUCCAAAGUCAAAACCUAAAAGUAACUCCAAAGUACCCACCAAGACCCCUCCCCAUACCCCCACAAAGACGCCCCCAAGAACGCCCACCAAAAACCUUAGUAUGAGCAUUAGCAAAGCCUGGAUGAUACCCACUGGUCCCAAUACUUCUUCCGUCUCCUCGCCAUCCCGUCGGACUUCCGCUCUCUCUGUAUCACCCUCACCAAAAACAGUCACCUCCUCCUCCUGUCCUGCCCCUCGUACCAAGAUCCACACCUUGUCCACGCCACGCAGUCCCAAACACCAAUCCCGACCCCAACCUCAGCCACGACCCUCAGAGCUCAAGUUCCCCCCUCUUAAUCGUGUUUUGACGCCGACUUAUAAUGUCGACAGCCUCCCUCAUCUGCGGAGGGUUUCCCCCAGCAAGUGUCAAGUGCAAACCUCGUCUUCCUUCCGCAUUGGCGGGCCUCGAACCCCUCAGGAGUCCCCCCAGCCUGCACCGCCACCUGAUGAGAGCACCUCGGACACUGGAUCGAGUGAGACACCCACCCAGUUCAGCUUGGAGCUUGAACAAGAAGAUGUUGAGGCAGCCGAAGGGCAAAGGGCCUCGGUAGUGCCCAUACCUCCUCACCAAAGGGUUGACAGCAGCUCUGGCGCUCCCUCUGAAUGCUCCUUUGAGAGCGAGACCUUAUCUAUUUCUGCUGCAUUCAGCACGAGAAGAGAUGGAGUCAGAGCUGGAGAUGAAGGGAAGCAUGGCAGCAUGAUCGAGGUGUCACUUUCUUCUCUUGGAGAACCAGACGGGGUCAGCGAUGAGCCAACAGAUCUUUCUUCUGAUUCUAUGAGUGACCGGAUAGAAUCUGCAGCGGAGAUGGGCAUAGCCCUUGCUUCUGAUGCCACAGAGCAACUGGAUUUGGCCAUAGAAGCGGGGAACUCUUUAGACCAACAAACUGAAUCCAGUCAAGAGCAGGCAAAAGUGGACACUGUGGAACAACUUGGAAAUAACGGUGAACCUGGAGCCAGAGGAGGCAUAGGAUUUUUCUUCAAGGAGGACGGACUUAAUGAAGGGGAGAUGGCUCAGCGCAAAGCUCUCCUUCUAGAGAGGCAGCAGAAGAGAGCAGAGGAGCUAAAGAAGAAGAGACAAAGUCAAGAACAAGAACAGGAAAAAAGACCACCGUCUUCCGAUAAGACUGCAGCCUCCACUUUUAAUACACUACCUGUCGGAACCAUCUCUCCUUCCCCUACCCCUCCGGCUACUCCAGGCCGCCGUGGAGGUUUCACACGAGAAGAGUAUGCCCGUCGCCAACAGCUAAGGAUCAUGGACAACCUGGACAAGGUGCUGCAGCAGAAAUCCACAAGCCAAGGUCGAUCGCCUGUGAGGAAGACCCGAGCGCGUCCUCGCAGCGUGACCAGGGAGGAGAAACCGUUGUCUCUGAGCCCCGCCAAGAGAGCAAAUUCCUCCAAGAUGACCAAGUCUCACUCGUCACUCAACCUGGCAGCUGCCGAUGAAAGCAAUGGCGGUGAUAAGAAAGUCCACAGCCGACCCGCUUCGCCUUCUGGAAAUGUGACACCAAGUCGGCUGGCCAAGCAAAAUGGAGACUGGGAAACUGGUUCCAAUGGAACCUCGCCUGCUCCGGAAUACACGGGUCCAAAGCUCUUCAAAGAACCAAGCUUCAAGUCCAACAAGUUCAUCAUUCACAACGCUUUGUCUCGCUGCUGCCUGGCUGGGAAGGUCAACGAGGGCCAAAAGAACAAGAUAGUGGAGGAGAUGGAGAAGAGCCCCGCCAACCACUUCCUUAUCCUCUUCCGCGACUCCAGCUGCCAGUUCCGAGGCGUCUACACCGCCAACCCCGACUCCCAGGAGCUCAUGCGAUUGGCCGGCGUGGGGCCCAAGACAAUAAACGGCGCCCAGGUGGAGUCCAUGUACAAGUACAGCUCGGACAGGAAGCAGUUCAGCGCCAUCCCCUCUAAGACCAUGGGCAUGAGUGUGGACGCCUUCACCAUCCCCGGCCAUCUGUGGCACGGGGGAGGCGCGGCGGGCGGAGGCGGCGUCGGAAGCAGGAGGGCGAGCCUCACCAAGAAGGCGCUGGUGUCCAAGUGACGGAUUCUACAAGGUGAGGUGUAACCCAGAACUUUAGACGGUCAGAAAAAGAACUCUCGUUGAUUUCGGAGGACGUCCUGUUCGAGACGGUCACCGUUACAGGUUUUUCAGCAGGUGCGCGGAUCGAGAGUCUUAUUGAUUUUACACGGUGCCUGACAGUGGAGGUAUUUUGAACUGGACCCCAGAUGACGGAGAAAAAUGAAGACCGAAGGUCAGAUGAAUGGAUGUUGACGUUCCUUGACUGAUCUUCAAAACCUUGAGGUAGUUUCUUAAACUCAAGGAGAUGAGUGCGCCCGUCUGGAACUCUGUUGAUCUCACUGGUUCUUCCCAAGUCCUUAAAACCUUCAGAAAUCGGUAUUCACAUGUUACAGCCUUAUUUCAAAAGAGAAGAAAUUCAUGUUUGUGACCCAAAAUUCUACACACAAUACCCCAUGAUGCACAGAACAGAGAUUGAACCCUUCUGAUUAAAAGUUAUUGACAGAGUUUUAAUAACUGCUCCGGUUUUGAUUUUACGCGCCUUCAAAGAAUCCCUGCGCAGAGUUUCCUAAAAAAUUUCAAUUUUGCCUCUUUGAGCUGUAAUUUGAGCCCCUUUAAAAUGCUUCAAAGUGCAAGUUAAAGCUCUACUAUGCAAAGCGAAAGCCAUUUAUCAACAACAUCCAGAAACGCCAAGCUGUAAUUUGACCCCCUUAACAUGCUUCAAAACUCACCAAAUUUUACACACACAUCAGGACUGGCAAAAAUUGCCAUCUUAUAAAAAACCAAACCCCAAAAAUCACAAUUGCGCUCUAGCGCCCCCUAGGAAAAACACAGACAAAACUACUUGUAACUUUCGUUAGGAAUGCCGUAGAGACAUGAAACAAAAACAUCUAUGUAGGUCUCACUUAGACCUACAUUUUAAUAAUUGACAUCCUUCAGCAAAAAUCAACAGGAAGUUGGCAAAGACCCCUUCAAAACAAAAUUUUCCCAAAAAAUGUCAUUUUUGCCAGUGUGUUGAUGUUAAGAUAUUACGCCAAGUUGGUAAGUAUUUGUUUGCUAAUAGUAGCUACUAUCCAUCCAUCUUCUAACGCUUAUCCGGGUUCGGGUCACAGGGGCAGCAGCCAAAGCGGUCCCGUCCAUUGCUGCUUGCAGCUUUAAUUUUUUAAUUACAUUUGUAAAUUUAUAAAAAUGACAAAACAUGUUUACUAAUUUCUUUGUUAAUGCACCUUUUGGCAGCAUUUACAGCCUCAAUUCUUUUUGAAUUCGAAGUUUUUGCCCAUUCCUCUUUCCAGCUCCUCUCAAGUUCCAUCAGGUUGGAUGGCAAGUGUUGGUUUCCAUCCAGGAUUUGUUUGUAAAUUGCUGCAUUCAUCUUAGUUUAGUCAGAGAGGUGACCAAGAACCCGAUGGUCACUCUGUCAGAACUGCAACAUUCCUCUGUGAAGAGAAGAGAACCUUCCAGAAACGUACUCAGUGGCCUCGUGGUUAGAGUAUCCGCCCUGAGAUCGGUAGGUUGUGAGUUCAAACCCCGGCCGAGUCAUACCAAAGACUAUAAAAAUGGGACCCAUUACCUCCUUGCUUGGCACUCAGCAUCAAGGGUUAGAAUUGGGGGUUAAAUCACCAAAAAGAAUUCCCGGGCGCGGCUACUACUGCUGCCCACUGCUCCCAUCACCUCCCAGGGGUGAACUAGGGGAUGGGUCAAAUGCAGAGGAUACAUUUCACCACACCUAGUGUGUGUGUGACAAUCAUUGGUACUUUAACUUUAAGAAGGACAACCAUCUCUGCAGCAAUCCACCAAUCAGGCCUUUAUGGUAGAGUGGCCAGACGGAAGUCAUUUCUUAGUAAAAGUUUCCCACAAUGCACCUGAAAAACUCUGACCACGAGAAACCAAAUUCUCUGAUCUGAUUCUUUGCCGUGAAUGCCAGGUGUCAUGUUUCUGUCAGGUUCAAGCACUGAUGACAUCUAUUAAACAGACAAGAAGCAAGGAAUCAUGCAGAGACAGAGUUAAAUUUGGCUCAAUGAGGAGAACGCAUGGAGCUGCACACUUAGUCACUGUCUCGCCCUACGCUCUAAAGUACAGCUCCCGCGUCCCUCUAUCUAUUUGGGAGGUCCCCAGUCAACAUCACUGAGACCGCCUCUAAAAAGCGUGACCACACAUCUCAUGCAAAGCUGCUCCAGUACGCACAAUAUGUGACGUAAUGUGCUGAGGGCUUUGUGAUUGCCUUGUCUCUGCUUCGUCUGCAUGCUGUCAUCUUAUCUUCGUUGAGGUCCUGGAAGUCCUUGGCUGUUAGUGGGCUACAACAAAGAUGACAUCUGCGGCCGAGGCCACCCCUCGGACAAGAAGUUUUCUCCUUGCACAAAUAGAAAGUCUAACGGCCUUUAAGCAUAAUCAAUCAAUGUUUAUUUAUAUAACCCUAAAUCACAAGUGUCUCAAAGGGCUGCUGCACAAGUUACAACGACAUACUCUGUUCAGAGCCCACAUAAGGGCAAGGAAAAACUCACAACCCAGUGGGAUGUCAAUGUGAAUGACUAUGAGAAACCUUGGAGAGGACCGCAGAUGUGGGUGACCCCAGCCCCUAUAGGGGAGACCGGAUGCAAUGGACGUCGAGUGGGUCUAACAUAAUAUAGUGAAAGUGCAGUCCAUAGUGGAUCUAACAUAAUAGUGAGAUGAGAGUCCAGUCCAUGGAGACCAUUCCGAGCGGAGACAGGUCAGCAGUGCAGAGAUGUCCCCAACCGAUGCACAGGUCCACCCCCGGGUCCCGACUCUGGACAGCCAGCACUUCAUCCAUGACCACCGGACCUAAGAGUUGUGUGAUAACUCAAACAUAAUUAUUCUAACAGGAAAUCAGGCCAAUACCAUCCCUACAGCAUCAUGGUGUGGGGGUGCUUUUCAGCAGCAGGAACUGGGAGCAUCGUUAGGAUAGAGGGAAAGAUGAACGCAGCAACGUACAGAGACAUCCUGGAUGAAAAUCUAUUACAUUGUCAUUAUGAGUCUGUAGAAUUGAAUGAAUGAUCUUCCAUUUUGGAAUAAGGCUGUAACAUAACGACACGUGGGGAAAGAGAAGUGCUUUAAAUACUUUCCGGAUGCACUGUAAGUCAGAUCAAGAAUCGUAAUGAACAAGGUUGUCAUUGAUGUGCAUGAAGACAUUUUUUGCAUUUGCUAUACAGUAAAAGGCUUUAGUCAAAAUGUCUGUUAAGGAGAUAAUUACACCCGCACGUCACUUUUAUACAUGAUUGCAACCGUCAGGAUGUUUUUUUAUCUACGUUUUUAUUUAGUCCAGCAUCCUAUCAUGAAUGAUGUGUCAUAAUGAUGCGGGGGGUGGGGGGGGUUGUCGUUACGUGAGAUUCAACCUCUUCUUUCCCGGUUGCAAAAUAAGGACUUGCAAAUGAAGCAGAUUUUUAUUUUAUUUUAUUUAAUUUUUAUUUUUUUCAGGACACUAGAAACAUGAAGGUUACUAACUGGGGGCCGUCUAUCAUCCUGUUCUAUUUAGGAGUGCAGGCGAAUAAAGAUGGUGCUUAAGAAACCGA